AUGGCCGUAGAGCUCUAUUCCACAUGCUUGCGAGCAAGCCUGCUCCUACCACAUGAUUUCUCACUCUUCGUCAAGUGGCAAAAAGAGCAUUCCAAAAACUCAGAUAUCGGAUACGUAUGCGAUGCAAUGGAGUACCAUCGAUUUAUCAAAUAUCGCGACGCUUUCAUCGACCACAACAUACCGUUAGCAAUCCCAAGCAAUCCCCACACAGCGUCCAAGUGCGGGCACACUUAUCAUCCGUCCAACAUGAGGAUGCACGAGCUUUGCCCUAUUUGCGAGGUUCAAGCUCAUCUUUCCUUCUUGGGUAGCAUUGUAGUGGCUUGGAAUAAAGCCGGUGGACCUAGACUCCGACCUGGGUCACAAGUUGCCAGGGAAUCUUGCGGUCCUCUCCGGAAAGGCUGGCACACAGCACGUCUUCAACUACAGAACCUUCUUGAUAUGUUUGUCAUUAUGGCUAAGUGCGAAGAAACCUGGGAAGCUGACCAUCCAUCGGAAGCUGCAUCAGCGCGACAAACUAGUUGCGCCUCUGCGGCCGUCAGAUUGGCACAGGAAGAAUCUAGAUAUCCUGCCUGUUUAGGUCUUUCACCGACAGCAAAAGCGAAAACAAAUGAAGCCGCACGGUGGAAGAAGAAAGUGGCUUUUGCUCCAGAAGUUCAAAUCGAAGGCGGCGAAUACGUUCAAACGUCAGCGACAAAGUUCAUCCAUGGCCGCUCACAGAAUUUCUUCUACCGCCGGAGCCCUACAUACAAGCCCGGUGAGUAUGCAUGUCCUACAGGCUCCGCAUUCGUCGAUACGUCUCAGGAAGGGCGCUUGUUUGCUAAGCUCGGCGUUCUCAAACUCUACACCACGGACGAUGAAGACGCUUUCGAUAGCCUGCCAAAGAGCCCGCACUUCAACGGUGAUCUUAUAGGUCGUUAUCAAGGGAUAGUCGGGCUGCAUGAUAUGAGUGACACCAUCUUCCGGCUUAUGCAUGAGUGCAUGGCAGAGAGUCUACAACAGGAAAAGGAUUUCAAACGGCUUAUUGAGCAGUCAGAUAGAAUAGUGGUUCUUAUCGAUGACGAAACCGGACGAGUAGUAGACUUUGUUCUGCUCGAUGGAAGCAAGGAGGAAGAUGGCGAUGAUCAGCAGAGCUCAGACGAACGGGAAAAGGGGAAGGGGCAAGGGGACUGGACUUGCUUGGAGGAGUGUUUGCGGUAA